CCAUCGUUCUUCUAGAAUCUAGUCUAGAGCCUUCCUUUCCCUACAGUUGGCGUUCUGUCCGCCCGUAUCUUGAAGGACCGCGUUUAGGGACCGUUCGAUAUCCGAUAUCGCCGAUUCUUUCGCCUCGUCCGUUUGAUCCGUCUUCGCCCGAUUUCGUUCACGUCCACUCCGCCAUUCCGUUCGGUUCCUAUUCGCGUCCUUUGCGGCGGAUCUGACGCCGGCUUUAGGGUUAUCGAUCCCUCUAGCGGUAGAUUUUAGGGUUCGCGAUCUUUUCAGAUCCGGAUUGGAUUCGCGAUCUUUGGAUUGGAUUCGCGAUUCCACCGUUCUCUUGUGCUGUGAGCACAUCUGACGCGAAGCGGGUAACCUGGUUUUCGCCACCAUGAGCUCAUCUGCGACAUCUGUGCUGACGAACGUCGCCAGGCUCGCGAUCACGCUUGGCGUGGGUGGCAGCCUGCUUAACGCGUCACUCUAUACGGUGGACGGCGGGCAUCGCGCGGUGCUGUUCGAUCGGUUCCGCGGAGUGUUGGAGGAAACGCAGGGCGAGGGCACGCACUUCCUCAUCCCCUGGCUGCAGAAGCCCUACAUCUUCGACGUGCGCACUCGCCCCCGCUCAAUCACUUCCGUUACAGGAACAAAAGACCUCCAGAUGGUGAAUCUGACGCUGCGAGUGCUGUCGAAGCCAGAGACCACCCACCUGCCCACCAUAUUCAAGACUCUUGGCACGGACUACGACGAGAGGGUGCUUCCGUCUAUUGGCAACGAAGUUCUUAAAGCUGUUGUGGCUCAAUUCAAUGCGGAUCAGCUACUCACGGAGCGUCCAUAUGUGUCGAAGCUUGUGCGGGAGGCGCUGACUCAGCGAGCCAAGGACUUCAACAUCGUUCUGGAUGACGUGGCACUGACCCAUCUGUCCUAUGGUGCUGAGUUCUCAAAGGCCGUCGAGCAGAAGCAAGUUGCCCAGCAGGAGGCUGAGCGCUCCAAGUUUGUGGUGAUGAAGGCGGAGCAGGAGAGGCUGGCAGCGGUUACACGGGCAGAGGGCGAGUCAGAGGCCGCCAAGCUGAUCUCGGAUGCGACGGCGAACGUGGGAGGGGCGAUGAUAGAGCUCAGGCGCAUUGAGGCGGCGAGGGAGAUUGCUGCUACACUUUCUCGGAGUCGUAACGUCGUCUACUUGCCUGGUGGUAACAACAUGCUUCUGGGGCUCGGCACGGGCGGCACUAAUUAGUUUACUUCAUUUUGGUUGCUCCUAAGCCGGGGUGCGAUGUGGUUGGUUGCCCCGUUUAGGACAGAUUUCUCUAAAAUUAAGCAAAAGGCAUGUUGUCGUGCUGACGAGGUAUGUUCCAGUGAUGGAAGCCAAGAAUGUGAAACUGAUGUACUGGAGAGGAAUUAUGCACAUGUACAAACGAUUUUCGUAGUUUCUUGAAAGGUUUAUGGCAUAAGUUG